AUGGGUGUAGUGCUGAAAGUCAAAGAUGGCAAAGUGUCUCCGACACGAGUGCUUGUAGGCGCAACCGCUACUGUGCUCGCCAGUUACGGGCUUUACAUCCUCCUAUUCGCCAUCGUCAUCCGUGCCGCCUACAAACGCUACGCCUCACCACUACGCAAAUAUCCCGGUCCCUUCCUGGCCUCCUGUUCGCGUCUAUGGAAGGUCCUAUCCACAGCAAGUGGCCGAACACACCUCGACCACAUCGAGCUUCAUCGCAAAUACGGUCCUGUCGUGAGGAUCGCCCCCAACGAGGUCUCGGUAGCAUCACCUGAAGCAGCAAGGACCCUCCUGAGCGCCGGCAAGCGCUUCUUCAAGACUCCCUUCUAUAGUGUCUUCCCACCGGCCGAGAACCCCGACAUCUUCACCGAGAUACGAGAAGAUGCCCAUGCUCAGAAGAAGCGAGUUGCCAACGUGCCCUACAGCAUGGCUGCUAUGCAGCAGCUGAGCCCCUUCAUCGACGACACCAUCGAACUGUUGGUGUGCAAGAUCGACGAACACAUUGCGCAACACAAGGGAGUGUUCGACUUGGGCGAUUACCUGCACUACUUUGCCUUUGACGUCCUCGGGGAGGUGGCCUUCAGCAGGAGUUUUGGAUUCCUCGCACAAGGUCGGGAUGUGGACAACGCCAUCAAGACGAUUGACAAGUCCCAAACAUACAACGGCAUCGUGGGACAAGUACCCGAGCUGGAUCACCUGCUGAGAAGGAACCCACUGUGGCGGUCCAUCCCGUGGUUGAGCACCAAGAAUGCUUUGAUCACACGGAUGGCGCUCGAGGAGAUGGGUCGGAGACAGCCUUUUAACAAGGACACAGCGGUAUUGCAGACUGGCGAUACUAGGCAGGAUUUGAUGGCUAGUUUGAUCUUGGGGCAUCUGAAAUCUCCGGAGAAAUUUGGUGUGGGGGAUGUCUUUGCUGUUGCGCAUGGUGCCAUCUUCGCCGGCUCCGAUUCCACCGCCUCAACAAUGCAAUCCUUCUUCUACCACGUCCUCUCCUCCCCAUCCACCUAUCAGUCCAUCCUCUACGAGAUCCAAUCCGCCGUUGCCACGGGUGCCAUCCCCGCCAUUGGCAACCUAACCUGGAACGAAGCCCAGACCUUGCCUUACCUACAAGCGUGCCUCAAGGAAGCCAUGCGCCUCCGUCCCGCCGUGGGACUAAACAUUACCCGGUUUGUCCCUCCAGAGGGCGCAGAGCUUGAUGGUCACUUCUUCCCUGGUGGUACGAGCAUUGCUGUUAACGGGUGGGUGCUGCAUCGUGAUAAAUUGACGUUUGGAAAGGAUGCGGAUGAGUGGAGGCCGGAGAGGUGGUUGGAGAGCGAGGAGGAGGCGAGGAGGAUGGAGAGGUAUAUGUUUCAGUUUGGAGGUGGAAGUCAUCUAUGCAUUGGAAGGAACUUGGCGCUGUUGGAGAUCAACAAGGUUGUUCCGAGACUGCUGAGGGAUUACAGGUUUGAGCUGGCGCAUCCGGGGAGGGAGCUGAAGGCUACUGCGUCCUUCUUUGUGGUGCAGAGUGGGUUGGAGGUUUUUGUGCGUAGGGCCUGAGUUCGAUUUUCGGGUUUUCAGCGAGUCUUGGUUGUUUUGUUGGUCUUGGUCAAGGCUUGUUUCCUUUCGCUUUCGGCCCAACAACUUCUCCCGGGUCUUACACACCUGCCCAUAACGGUACGCGUCUGGUAACAUCUAUGGUAG